AUGUCUUUAAGAUUGAUAACUAGUAGUUUAUUUUCGAUUCGUAAGGCUUUUUCAAUUCCAGCAGUUAUAAUAAACAGAUCAGUCUCAACUACAGGCGCUUCAUAUGAAUGGAAAAUCUUAGCACUUGGUGCCGGUAAUAAAGUAGUUCCGGAAGCACAGAAAUCUUUAGAAAGUGAUCAAAAAGUAAUUGCUGCACUAAAAGAACAACAAUGGGAUGCGAUAUCUAUUGGCGAUUAUGUCAAUGGUUUUGAUCAAUCUGUUCCAUAUCAUGUAGAGGAUGUGCCAACAGAUCGUGCAGAUAUACUCCACUGGUUUAAUCGUCUUCUCAAUGUUAUACAUCAACUAGCACCUAAAUCAAAAAUUAUUCUUGUUAAAUCACCACAAGAUAUACAUGAUGGAAUUCAAAGAAUUAUGGUUAAAGAACAAAAACAAAAUUGA